AUGGAUCCAUUCAAUGAAGUUAAAGAUGAUGCAUAUACAGUCGUUGACAGAUUAGAAACACUCAUAUCACAACGCAUGUCAGGCCAACCUCCCACCACAGAACAGUCGCAAGAUUUCGACAACAAUUAUGAAGAGUUGCAGGAGAUGCGUGAUGACUUACAAAGUGCACUUGAGCAAAGUGCUAAAGAUCCAGCUCAGUUUAGCCUAACCAGUACCGAUAUAUCACAACGACAGACCAUUUUACAGGAUCUUAAUCGUCGAAUAUCCCAUUUGCUACAAGCAUGGGACAGGAAAAAGCUACGUGAUGUAACAACAAUGUCGAAUCGUAUAAGUCAAGAUGAAGAAAACCCAUUUAACAUAGACACGGACAAUGGUGGUGGCACCAACAUGACGUCUUACCAACAACAAGAGUUGAUACAGGAACAGGAUUUCCAGUUGGACGAUAUUCAUAAAACAAUGAUGAACUUGAACCAACAAGCAACCAUGAUGGGAGACGAGUUGGAGGAUCAAGGGUUCAUGUUAGAUGAAUUGGAUUACGAAAUGGACAAUGUUGAUAAUAAAUUACAAAGAGGAAUGAAGCGAUUGAAUGUAUUCAUUGAGAGGAAUAAAGAAACGGCUAGCAAUUGGUGCAUUGGAAUAUUGGCCGUAGUACUAUGUGUAUUGCUAGUUUUGUUGAUUAUAGCGUGA